AUGUUUGAAUAUUUACCACAUAAAGGAUUUAAAUGGUCUGAUCCUGAUUGCUUUGAUACAGAAAGAAUUUUAAAAAUGAAAGACGACCAGAAAAAAGGUUAUAUUUUUGAAGUAGAUUUCAAAUACCCUGAAGAGCUUCAUGAUCUCCAUUCGGAUUAUCCAUUGGCUCCCGAAAAUGUAUUUGAUAAUAAAGAAUUACCAAAAUUAACAACAACUCUAUAUGAUAAGAAAAAAUAUAUUCUACAUUAUAGUAAUCUUAGGCUGUAUUUAAGUUUAGGUUUAAAAUUAAAGAAAAUAGACAGAGUAAUAGAAUUUGAACAAAAAGACUGGUUAAGACCAUAUAUUGAAUUAAAACUAAUCUUCGCCCAAAAACAGACAAUGAAUUUGAAAAAUAUUAUUACAAGUUAAUGAACAACAGUGUAUUUGGUAGGACUAUGAUGAACACAAGAAACCAUAAAGAUAUAAAAUUAAUUAAUGAUGAAGAAAAAUUAGAAAAUUAAACUGCUAAACCAAAUUUUGAUCGAGCGACUCUUUUUACAGAAAACUUAGUAGCUGUACAUAUGAAAAAAAAAAUGGCUAAACUAAAACAACUAAUUUAUUNUUUCAGAUUAUCCAGAGAAUAAUAAAUAUGGAAUACCACGAAUAAAUAAAAAAGUUCCAGGUAAAUUUAAAGAUGAACUUAAUGGUCAAAUAAUGACAGAGUUUGUUGGGUUAAGAUCUAAAUUAUAUACAUAUAAAAUAUUUGAAAAUAAAAAUGAAAUUAAAAAAGCAAAAGGUGUGAAAAACCUAUAG